AUGACAAUAGGGAAGAGAGUCGGUAAAAACAUCCUCACAGAAACAGAUGAUAUCAUCACAUGGUACAACAACGCCUUGGAUGGGCUCAUGCAGCUAUUUCGGGAUCAAACUCUUCAGGAUGUAGCUAUCUUUGUCCAGUUUGCGGGCAAAACCCUCGAUCUCAGCGGCAUGGCUUAUGCAGGAGGUGCAGGACUAGAUACUACGAAGUAA